GGGGCAUUUCUUUCUAGAAUGUUGACAUCUCUGUCUUAACUUGAGCUGCCUGACUCCUUGCAUAUGGCAAUCGUCGGAAGUGGAUUGGCUUUCAGUGAGCUCAUGGAUUUAUUAUGCAUCUUUGUCACAGUAGUAGCAAUAUACCACGUAGUCUCCUUCAGUUCAGUGAGAUGCUACUAUUUCCAAGGCUGUACUGUAGUUUGUGUGUGUGUUUUAUCUGACUGUAUCAUGCUUUGCAGAAAUGUAGAGUCUCGCUUCCUUUUGCAAGUGUUAAUAUUCUUUGUUGGUAGCGUAUACUGACGUCACGAGGCAAUGGCUGAGCUUGAGGCUGGUAGCUGCUGAGUCUAUGUGCUAAUUACAUCUUCAGCACAGCAUUAGCACCAGUAGCAAGCUAUUGUCACGGAGCUAACCUUCUUUCCGGCUUACAGAGACAAGAUUACUCAACAAGACAUGGACGGAAACUCCCAGAUCUACCGCGUAUGCGACUAGGUGAAUGAAACAGCCUCGGGAAAUGGAGGAAGAAUAAAUUCAAACGGCUUUGGAUUUGUAAUGCAAGCAGCUUUUGCAGAAUUCCAAGGAAAUUUGCUUUCGUGCUUCUGGAUUUAAAGUCAUGUCUGUUCACAUUGUAGCCUUUGGGAAUGAAAGAGAUGGAUUUUCGGAGGAUGAUCAGCAGAAGAGUUUGAUCUGGACCUAUCUUGGGAGAAGUGCUCUAGUUUCAGAGACUGACAGUAAUUUGUUGCUAAACUCUCCCACCUACCUUAGAAAUCCUGCAUUCACUGAGUAUCAAGCUUGUGUGUUUGGAAAUGUCAAAUUGGUGGUGCAUGACUGUCCUCUCUGGGAUAUUUUUGAAAGUGACUGGUACACAUCUCGGAACCUCAUUGGAGAAGCAGAUAUCAUUGUGAUUAAAUAUUCUGUAAAUGACAAGUCUUCAUUUCAAGAAGUAAAAGAUAUUUAUGCACCACUGAUAAAGAAAACACUUAAUCACUGUUCAGUUCCAGUUAUAAUUUCUGCUGUUGGUGCAAGACAAAACGAAGUCCCCUGCACUUGUCCUUUGUGUAUCUCAGACAGAGGGAGCUGUGUUACGGCUUCUGAAGGAAUUCAGCUUGCUAAAGAACUAGGAGCUACUUACUUGGAACUGCAUAGCCUCAAUGACUUUUACAUAGGAAAAUAUUUUGGUGGGGUGCUGGAAUAUUUUAUGAUACAAAGCUUGAAUCAGAAAUCAUCUGAAAAAAUGAAGAAAAGGAAGAAAAGCCAUAAAUGCCAUGGAGUUAAGCCACCUCAGCUUGAUCAGCCAGAAAAAAUGCCUAUCUUAAAAGGUGAAGCCUCACAUUAUGACUCUGAUUUACAUAACUUGUUGUUCUGCUGCCAGUGUGUUGAUGUGAUAUUUUACUCUGAAGACUUGAAGGAAGUAGCAGAAGCACACAGGAUUGUUUUAUGCUCUAUUAGCCAUGUCUUCAUGUUGCUUUUUAAUGUGAAGAGCCCAACUGACAUUCAGGAUUCUUCUAUCAUUAGAACUGCUCAGACUCUUUUUGCAGCCAAUCAGGAAACUGUGUUUCCCAUUUUAAAACAUGGCACAUCAUGCAGUUCACCAGUAAGAGUUAUUGUUAAAGACUCAUUCUUCUGUUCUUGUUUGACAGAUAUUCUGCACUUCAUUUAUUCAGGUGCUUUCCAAUGGGAACUAUUGGAAGAGCACAUUAAAAAGAAACUGAAGAAUCCUGGGAAUGUUGAGCUUGUUCUUGAGAGAGUAAAAUGUAUCUUGAAAAUUCCAGGAAAGGCAAACACUAGCAAGCCAGUUAACAGUUCACAGCAUUAUAGAACUUAUUUGUCAAAAAGACCUUUACAGUUAUGUAACAGCUCUCUCAGACUUUUCUUUAACACAACGGUAUUAGCUGAUGUCAUGUUCAAAAUACAAGGUGCUACAGUACCAGCUCACAAAGCAGUCCUGGUGGCUCGCUGUGAAGUAAUGGCAGCUAUGUUUAAUGGCAACUAUAUUGAAUCAAAUAGUUUUUUGGUUCCAGUCUAUGGAAUUUCCAAAGAUACAUUUCUGUCUUUUCUAGAGUACCUGUAUACAGACUCCUGCUGUCCAGCCAGCAUUCUGCAAGCCAUGUCACUUUUAAUAUGUGCUGAGAUGUACCAGGUUUCAAGGCUCCAGCACAUCUGCGAACUUUAUAUCAUUACACAACUCCAGAGCAUGCCUAGUAGAGAAUUAGCAUCUACAAGCCUGAGUGUUGUCAGCUUGCUUCAAAAAGCAAAGUUUCAUAACUCUGACUGCCUUUCAAAUUGGCUGCUUCAUUUUAUUGCUUCUAAUUACUUAAUCUUCAGUCAGAAACCUGAGUUUGAAGAUCUUUCAGUGGAAGAACGCAAUUUCGUAGAGAUGCAUAGAUGGCCUUCUAGUAUGUACCUGAGACAGCUUGCGGAGUACAGGAACUACAUUCAUUCUCGGAAAUGUCAUUGUCUAAUAAUGUAAACUAAAAAAUUAUUUUUAUUUAUUUACGAAUUAUUGAAAGCUAUGCUUUAGGAAUCUUAAAACUGAAAGUCAAUAUUGAGCUUAAAUGUUGCACUUGCUAAUGAAUAACUACUAUACCUUUUUAAAGCAUGUGAAACAUAUUAUAAGCAUAUGCAUUUACCCAAGAUGUAUUUCAGUUGUGUUGUUGGGUCUGAUUCUAUACUAUUUCAGGUUUUUUAGAAGAAUAUGUACUAAUUUGAAAUAUUUGUUAGCCAAUAAUGUAUCUAGGAUUCCAGGAGCUUGAAACAGAGAUUCUGCAUUAAUUACUUACUUUUUUUAGCUAUUUCUUUUAAAGAUUUUAGUAAGUUAUUUAUGAGCUUUUUAGGAAUUUUAUAUUUUGUAAAAACAAAGGGCUUGUAAAAAGAACAUUCUAUUUUGGAAUUAAAAAUGUACCUCCUCGUAAU